AUGUUCCUCAGCAGCGCUGGUAUUCUCGUCGGGCUUGGGCUCAUAGCCAAAGCUCAAAAUUUUACCAAUCCCGUCAUUUAUGGAGAUUUCCCUGACAAUGACAUCUUCCUCGGUCCUGACGGAAAGACCUUCUACUUUUCAAGCUCCUCUUUCCACUACUCCCCAGGUGCCCCGAUCCUGGAAUCUACCGACCUGGUGAACUGGCAGCUAAUUGGCCAUUCGGUCCCAACUCUUGAUUUUGGGCCUGACUAUUCCAUGGAAGACGGCAACACUGCCUAUAACCGCGGAAUCUGGGCUUCUACUUUGCGCCAUCGCAAGAGCAAUAACAAUUGGUAUUGGAUUGGGUGUAUCGACUUCUGGACGACUUAUGUUUACACAGCCCCAGAAGUCACUGGACCCUGGCAGCAAUCUUCCAGUUUUCAACCCUGUUUCUAUGACUGCGGUCUUUUGAUCGACGACGAUGACACGAUGUAUGUGGCUUAUGGAAGCAAUAAUGUGUCUGUCGCUCAACUCUCAGCAGAUGGAUUGAGCAUUGUUAAGACUGAGGUAGUGUUUAGCUACCCCCCUGAGUGCACUGGAAUGGAAGGGAAUCGCAUGUAUAAAAUCAAUGGCCUGUAUUACAUUCUCGAUGAUUGCCCUGGGCAGUCAAUCACCGAGAUUUGGAAGUCUUCUAGCCCGUGGGGCCCCUAUACAAGGAAGAUUCUCAGCGAUAAUACCCCCUCUCCAGUUUCUGGCUCUGGUUCAGAAGAUCAAGGCAGUCUUAUUCUGGCUCCUAACGGGCAGUGGUACUUUAUGUCUUUUGCUUGGGCAUACCCCGCAGGCCGAUUGCCUAUUCUUGCUCCAAUAACCUGGGGUUCAGACGGCUUCCCUAUACUUGAAACAGUCAACGGUGAUUGGGGUGAAUCCUAUCCGUAUCCUCUUCCACGGAAUACUACGACGCCACCGUGGAACAGUUGGGAUGGAUUCUGGGGUGACUCACUUCCCCCGACAUGGGAGUGGAAUCACAAUCCAGAUACGACUAAAAUCUCCUUCGACAAUCCCGGACUCACGCUCCACACAGCUACCGUGACCAAUGACUUGUACCAUGCCAAUAACACUUUGACUCAUCGGCCUAAUGGACAGUUCCCAGUCGGAACUGUUCAAAUUGACUUUACAAAUAUGGCAGAUGGUGAUACAGCUGGGCUGGCCCUGUUCAAGGAACUAAGUGCUUGGAUUGGCGUGGUUCGCAGUGGCAACACUUACAGCCUUACUUGCGUGCAAGGUCUCACUCAAGAUCCUAACAAUCACUGGGCAACACUCAGCACAGGAACUGUUGUUGGAACAGUGUCUAUUUCAGCAAAACAAGUCUACCUACAGGCCAGUAUGGAUGCGCGCUCGGACGGAUCCAAGCAAGCGACAUUUGGAUAUAGCCUUGAUGGUAAUACCUUUACGCAGCUUGGUGGUGCCUUUACUUUGAGCGAUAACUGGGGGUACUUUAUGGGAUACCGUUAUGCUAUCUUCAACUUUGCGACAAAGGCUCUAGGGGGCUCUAUUAAGGUUCUUAGCUUUGUUAGCUGGGACUAG